GUCUUUAACGCCACCUCCGUCGCUUUAAAGGAAUCUUCUUGCUCUUUUGCUGCCGCAGCUGCCGCCUUCUGAGCCCUGCCUUCGAUUCCAUUCCCGGUGACGCUUUCGUCUCUUUCCGAAGAAGACCGGCGGAAUAAAGAGGGCCCUCUUUUCGGGUCACGCGACUCCCGAGUCCCCUCUCUUUACGGUUCCCCUCGGGAAGUUUCUCCCGAACGCGAAGGCGUAAUCCGGAGGCGAUGGUUGGGGGAUCGGACGAGGGGUUCUUGGCGUCCUGCGAUACGGUUUUCGAUCGGUUGUAGAGGCGAAAGGAGCCUUCUUUUUCUGUUUCUUUGGGUCGAUUCUUGCGUGCUUGGUGGUUAAUUUGGGUUGUGGGUGUUUGUGGUGAUUGCUGGUGACGGGAUGGGGCCCCUCGAUUCCUUUUGCGUAGUCGAUUCUUGGUGAUUUUUGGUUUAGGAAUUCUAUGAUUUGGGGUGUUUUGGGCUUCGUAAUCGUGGGUUUGGAUCAAUUGGUGUUAAGAUCUAAGUGGACGAGCAGGAAGCUGCGAUUUCUCCGGUAAGGAUUUUAGAGUUGGGUUGAUUUGGAAGGAGUGGCUGACAGAUUCUCUGAAAAUUUGGCUUUUGGUUCCGUGUUGGAUUUGGGUUUAGAAGACACGGAAGCUGAAAAAUGGAGAACAUGAAUAGCUUUGAAGAAUUGUUCGAUAAUUCCGAUGUAGAAGAUGAAUUCCAAAGCUGUUGUACAGAAGACGAGGAGUGGCAGGACACGGAGGAAUCUUUGGCCGAAGGGUUCAAGGAUGAACUCGAUGAACUCUCGUUAAGGAUGUUCUUCAAGGGUGUCUCUGCCUCGGAUUUGCACAGUAAAGAAUCUAGGGUUUCUGGAAUUGGAGUAGUAAUGGAAAGGUCUCCUGGGAUUCCCUUAAUUCAAGUGCAGAAGAAGCUCGAUUUCCAUGUAGAAGCAUUGGUGGCCGAGCACUUGGCACUGAUGGAUGGUCUAUUGGCAGCUCUGCAGAAUGGUGCCCGAAGGCUCUAUGCGUUCACGGAUUCAGAGAAAGUUUAUUAUCAGAUAGCAGAAACAGAAAUACUUGAUGACCAACUUUUGGUAGCUCUAGGACACAGAAUUCUAGAACUUGCUGAUCAACUAGAAGAUUUUGACUUACAACUUGUUUCUAGUUUUGAACUAGAGAGGCCAUUGCGCUUGGCCAAAGAAGCAAUUGGUGACUGUGCAAUGGACACUUGUUCUAUCUGUAGUGAGGAAAAGAUAAGUUCCAAGAUGAUAAAGAUAAAUUGUUCCCACAAAUUUUGUUCUGAUUGCAUGUUUAUAUAUGUUGAACACAAGUUAAGGACCUUACAGGUUCCUAUAAGAUGCCCACAAGCGAGAUGCAGAAAUUUUAUUUCAGUCAGUGAGUGCAAGCCCUUUCUUCCUGUUGCUAGUUAUAAGUUGCUAGAGAGAGUUGCAAUGGAAGCAGAUGCUCAUAAUGGAGACCGAAUCUUUUGCCCGUUUCAGAAUUGUUCAGGGUUGAUCAAUUGUGUCAAUCAUUUGUCUUCUAGAGCAAGCUCAUCAACUCAGCCAGACAUCAACUGUGUUGAGUGCCCAGAGUGUCACAGAGAUAUAUGUAUUGGCUGUCGUGUACCAUGGCAUUCUUUGAUGACAUGUGAUGAGUAUCAGAACCUACCUGCAGAAGAGAGAGAUGCAGGGGAUAUCACUUUGCAUCAAUUGGCACAAAAUGCUAGGCAGAGACGCUGCCAGCAGUGCAGGCAAAUGAUUGAGCUCGCAGAUGGGGGCUACCACAUGACCUGCUGGUGCGGGCAUGAGUUCUGCUAUUUAUGUGGUGCUGAAUAUAGGAAUGGGAUUCAGACAUGUCAAUGUGCCUUUUGGGGUGAGAAUAGCCUGGAAUCCUCUGCAACGUCGAAUCACGAGUCAGAGCUGUGGACUUGGGAGUCUUUUGAUUCUCUGCCGACGGUUAUGGAUGAGUACUCGGAGCAAGAAAGAGCACAACUGGCUCUGAUACAAAGGUUUCUUGCUGGAGGAUUCAGCCUUAGUGAACUCCACCACCCUUCCCAAUCACCCCCUCGGUGUUCUGACUCAUACAUGGAUACCAUGAGAGACCUCCACCAGCUCCCAUGGCUCGAGAGGUUUGUAUCUGUGAUUAGUGAUAGCUACCAUGAGGAUUUUGUCCAGUGAAUUCAGUUCGGCAUCCUGCUGCACACUGAUUCUGUCUAAUAAAUGCUGGCAUUUCUCAAAACACGGGGUAAAGGCGUACAGGUGAAUGUACAAACUCUUACCUCAUAAUAUAUAGGGUUUGCUAUCAAAAUAUUUGGUGCUUUGGAGACUGUUGUUGAUAAGUAGUAUGCUUGUAAUGGAAGUCAUAUUCUAGAAUCUAGGAAAUGUGGUACUGUGUGAAGGUUUGGUGAA